CUUUAAAGAAAAGGAAAGUCCUUGCCAGCACUUUCACAGAAGCGCAAGUGAACUUUAUAGAUAUCGGGCUUGUAUUGUUUGCUGGUCUCCCUUUCAGAUGCAGUUUAUUCGGUGACCGUGUUGUAUUAAAGCGAAUAUAAAACUAUGGAGAAUGGGCAAAGUCGUCUCCGUCAGGCCCAGGAGGGUGUGGAAGAAGUGAAGGUUAUCAUGCUUGACAACCUAAACAAGGCUGACGAGCGUUCAGGAAAACUUGGGGAGCUAGAGAACAGAGCUGAUCAACUACUGGAGAAGAGCAAAUCUUUCUCAAAGACCUCAACUAAGGUGAAACAGAAGAAGCGUUGGGAGAAUAAUAAAUAUAAAUAUAUAAUAGCAGCAGUGGUAGCUACAGUGAUCCUCAUCAUAAUUGUGGCUGUGGCUAUGAGUUUGAGUAAGGAAGGUACAAUCACACCCACAGUUAAAUCGGAAGCAGAAGGAGGUGGCUAGAAGGUCAAACAAAGAGGAUGAGUGACCUUUAAGGGGUUUUUAAAAUGCCUCAAGGAGUCAGAUUAUUUGUGAGAUACUUUUGUGAAAGUAAAAAAAAAAAAAAGUUUCAUAGAUCCAUGAAUGUACAACUGAAAUUUGUGAUGCUAUUUACUAUCAAAAGACUAUGCUUUAUAAUGUUCUGGGUGAUACGAAAUGGUACCAUGGAGUCUUCAGCUUUCACUUUAAUUUUACAAAUGGUAACACCCAUAUGUGGCACUAAUGGUAACAAUUUACAUCCUGUUGGACUAGACAGAUUUUAAUAAUAAAUCUGGGAAAUCAAUGGUCAUGUGGGUUUAAAGUGUCAGAAAAUUAAAAUGGACUGUUUAGAGAGAGUGCUCUACAGGGUGUUUCUCAAUCUUUGUCCUUCAUCUCGUUGGUUAUUAAAGGGAUAGUUUACCCAAAUAUAAAGAUGAUCUUAUCAUUUACUCACCCUUAUGCUAUCUCAGAUGUGUAUGACUUUGUUUCUUCAAACACAAACACUUUUAGAAGAAUAGCUCAGCUCUGUGUGUCCAUACAAUAUAAGUGAAUGGUAAUCAGAACUUUGGUAGCUCCAAAAAUCAUAUAAAGGAAACAUAAAAGUUAUUCAGUGUUGAAAUCCAUAUAUUCAGAAGCCAUAUGAUAGGUGUGGAUGAGAAACAGAACAAUAUUUAAGUCCUUUUUUACUCUAAAUAUCCACUUAACUUUCACUUUCAGAUAUUAAAGUGAAACUAAACAGGCACCACAUGUGACUUUCAGUUGUAAAAGUGAAAGUGGAGAUUUAGAGUAAAAAAGAUUUGCAUUUUGAUCUGUUUCUCACCCACAACUAUUAUAUCACUUCUUGAUUUGAAUUUAACCACUGGAGUCAUAUGGAUUACUUUUUAUGCUGCCUUUAUGUGAUUUUUAGGGCUUCAAAAUCUGGAUACCUUUCACUCACAUUGAAUGGACCAACAGAGCUUAGAUAUUCUUCUAAAAGUAUUUGUUUGUGUUCAGCAGAAGAAAGAAAGUCAUACACAUCUGGGAUAGCAUGAGUGUGAGUAAAUUAUAAGAUAAUUUUUUAUAUUUGGGUUGAACUAUCCCUUUAUUAAGUGGAUAAAUUUAGACAUAACUUAAAAUUAAUAACUACAAAUAUUUCUAAACCAUGCUGCUAAAACAGCACUCUAUACCUGUCUGUAAUCUGUAUAAUAUAAUUUGUAUGUUUCUUUUGUAAAUAUAUAAUGUCUGUAAAAAAAGAAAUGUUCUCAGCGUGCCUUUCUUUUGAAACACUUGUUGAGCUUUUGCACUGACUGUCAGUAACUGCUCUGCAUGCAAAGAAGGGACGCAAGCGUCAGAGCAAGGCACUGGCUCACAGGCUUGUUUUUCAGUCUGUUUUUUUUUUUUUUAUAUAUAUAUAUAUAUAUAUGAGUGUAACAUAAAAUUGAUACAUAUGGUUAGAUAUGUUAGGUUAGAUAUUUGUAUUUUAAAUAUCUGGCUAUUAUAAAUUGUAAUGCAAACAAGCAAUGGAGAUGGAAAAAUGCACACUGAGUAAAUGCACAAUUAGUGAGGGCAAUAUAAUUACUGCAGGUGUAACAACGGCCCUGCUGAAAUUGUACUGGCCCCUGGUAAACAGUUCCCUUUGAACGUAGAGUCUCAUGCUUUUCAGAACACAACCUCCAUAGCUAGAAAUGUCAGCACCAUAAAUAUGAUGAACCUGUGAACUUGUAAAGCUGAGUUGGGCAAGGCAAUAUAGUUAUGGCAGGUGUACCAAUGGCCCUGUCCAAAUUAUACUGCCCCCCUGGUAAACAGUUCCCUUUGAGGAUACAUUCACAUGCUUUUCAGGACAAUGUGAUGUACAGUACCUGUGAUUUUGGAAGGUGUAUCCAAAAAAAUACACUCCUUUAAAAUCCUGUUAAAGUUAAUUGCUAUUGAUAUAACUAUUUAUAUGCCAUGGCAAGGUGAAAUAAACUGGGAGCAGAGAUAAGAAUAAACUAUGUGCAAAAGUAAGCAAAACUUCACUUAUUGCACAUCCGAUUACAUUGCAUGCAAUAGAAUAGAAAAAAAAUGCAUAUUACAAAAGGGGUAUAAAUGUUAAGUAUUGAGUAAAAUUAUUAUAUCCUUCAGCAGGAUCAUCUACUACAUCUUUAUUUUUUUUUUUUGAGAAUUUGUGCAAGAAUGCCAUCCACAGACAUUGACUGCACUCAUUUCUAGUGCUUUAAAAUAAUCCCUUCCAUUGUCAGAUUUGUCAACAUCAUGUGUCUAUCUCUAACAAUGUUUAUUUUGUCUUAUGUAGGGUAUUGUUCUAUAUACAUAUAAUAUGUUUUAUUAAUGUACUUUAGUUUUUAAAUUUAAAUUACACGUGUAAAACAGA